AUGCCAGUAACACUGGUUAAGACAAUUAUAUUGCCAUUCCGUGCCAAUUAUCUCUUCAUACCACCAGACCAUUGUAAUCAGAUACAUACAGGAUACACUCCAAUCAUCAGGCAAUUACAUACAGGUUAUCUAUACAAGUACAACCCUCCUGUGUCCUCCCCCUCCUCCACCCACACCACACAGGUUAUCUAUACAAGUACAACCCUCCUGUGUCCUCCCCCUCCUCCCCCACACCACACAGGUUAUCUAUACAAGUACAACCCUCCUGUGUCCUCCCCCUCCUCCACCCACACCACACAGGUUAUCUAUACAAGUACAACCCUCCUGUGUCCUCCCCCUCCUCCCCCACACCACACAGGUUAUCUAUACAAGUACAACCCUCCUGUGUCCUCCCCCUCCUCCACCCACACCACACAGGUUAUCUAUACAAGUACAACCCUCCUGUGUCCUCCCCCUCCUCCCCCCACACCACACAGGUUAUCUAUACAAGUACAACCCUCCUGUGUCCUCCCCCACACCACACAGGUUAUCUAUACAAGUACAACCCUCCUGUGUCCUCCCCCACACCACACAGGUUAUCUAUACAAGUACAACCCUCCUGUGUCCUCCCCCACACCACACAGGUUAUCUAUACAAGUACAACCCUCCUGUGUCCUCCCCCACACCACACAGGUUAUCUAUACAAGUACAACCCUCCUGUGUCCUCCCCCACACCACACAGGUUAUCUAUACAAGUACAACCCUCCUGUGUCCUCCCCCACACCACACAGGUUAUCUAUACAAGUACAACCCUCCUGUGUCCUCCCCCACACCACACAGGUUAUCUAUACAAGUACAACCCUCCUGUGUCCUCCCCCUCCUCCCCCACACCACACAGGUUAUCUAUACAAGUACAACCCUCCUGUGUCCUCCCCCACACCACACAGGUUAUCUAUACAAGUACAACCCUCCUGUGUCCUCCCCCACACCACACAGGUUAUCUAUACAAGUACAACCCUCCUGUGUCCUCCCCCACACCACACAGGUUAUCUAUACAAGUACAACCCUCCUGUGUCCUCCCCCACACCACACAGGUUAUCUAUACAAGUACAACCCUCCUGUGUCCUCCCCCACACCACACAGGUUAUCUAUACAAGUACAACCCUCCUGUGUCCUCCCCCACACCACACAGGUUAUCUAUACAAGUACAACCCUCCUGUGUCCUCCCCCACACCACACAGGUUAUCUAUACAAGUACAACCCUCCUGUGUCCUCCCCCACACCACACAGGUUAUCUAUACAAGUACAACCCUCCUGUGUCCUCCCCCUCCUCCCCCACACCACACAGGUUAUCUAUACAAGUACAACCCUCCUGUGUCCUCCCCCACCCCACACAGGUUAUCUAUACAAGUACAACCCUCCUGUGUCCCCCCCCUCCUCCCCCCACACCACACAGGUUAUCUAUACAAGUACAACCCUCCUGUGUCCUCUCCCUCCUCCCCCACACCACACAGGUUAUCUAUACAAGUACAACCCUCCUGUGUCCCACCCCACACCACACAGGUUAUCAAUACAAGUACAACCCUCCUGUGUCCUCCCCCUCACCACACAGGUUAUCUAUACAAGUACAACCCUCCUGUGUCCCACCCCACACCAUACAGGUUAUCAAUACAAGUACAACCCUCCUGUGUCCUCCCCCACACCACACAGGUUAUCUAUACAAGUACAACCCUCCUGUGUCCUCCCACUCCUCCCCCACACCACACAGGUUAUCUAUACAAGUACAACCCUCCUGUGUCCUCUCCCUCCUCCCCCACACCACACAGGUUAUCUAUACAAGUACAACCCUCCUGUGUCCCACCCCACACCACACAGGUUAUCUAUACAAGUACAACCCUCCUGUGUCCUCCCCCUCCUCCCCCACACCACACAGGUUAUCUACACAAGUACAACCCUCCUGUGUCCUCCCUCACACCACACAGGUUAUCUACAGUAUACAAGUACAGCCCAAUAGAAGGGUCCCUCCUGUGUCCUCCCCUCCCUGACCACUCUUUCCCUCCUCCCUCCCACACACCAUAUAUACAGGUUCUUUAUACAAGUACAGUCCAAUGAAAGGGUCCCUCCUGUGUCCUAACCCUCCUUCACCCACACCACACAGGUUAUCUACAGUAUACAAGUACAGCUAGCUCAAUGGAAGGUCCCUCCUGUGUUCAUCCCCUCCCUGACCACUCCUUCCCUCCUCCCUCUCACACGCCAUACAGGUUCUUUAUACAAGUACAGUCCAAUCGAUGGGUCCCUCUUGUGUUCUCUCCCUCCCCCACCAGCCCCCUCCUGUCUUCAUGCACACUGGACGGAUUAUCUACACAAGUAAAGUUUUAUGCAGAGACCCCUCCCUCGCUCACACCAUCUAUGUCUUCCAUCUUAAUAUAAUACUGCCCUCCCACUCACCUUCAAACCCAAUAACUCGCCCCCUUUUCCGUUCCUCCAACACACUGUCUACAUGUAUGUGUCCUACACGUGCACUGUUACAUCUCAAUAAAAUAAGGCACUCCUUUUCAAUCUGAAUUAUUCCUCCCCCUCCCUCCAAACACACUAAGUACGUCUUUGCAUCUUGUUACAAUACGGCACUCCCAUUCAAUAUCAAUAAUCCUCUCCUAUAAUCUAAAUAGUCCUCCCCUUCCCCUCCACCUGAGCUUCUCAUCCAUCACAUAAUAAUAAAAGCCACAUUUUCUCACACAUGUCAUGACUUUUCUUCAAAUACAUGGAUACCAGGUAAGCCUUCUCCAAAUUUCUAACACCUCUACAUUUGUAUCUAAAUUAGGAAAGUUAGGUAACAUCUCUCUGUCUCAAUAUAGCAAGCUCACUACCUUCUGUCUCAAUAGAGCAAGCUCACUACCUUCUGUCUCAAUAGAGCAAGCUUGCUACCUUCUGUCUCAAUAGAGCAACCUCACUACAUUCUGUCUCAAUAGAGCAAGCUCGCUACCUUCUGUCUCAAUAGAGCAAGCUCACUACCUUCUGUCUCAAUAGAGCAAGCUCACUACCCUCCAUCACAUAGAGCAAACUCACUACCUUCUGUCACAAUAGAGCAAGCACACUACCUUCUGUCUCAAUAGAGCAAACUCCCUACCUUCUGUCACAAUAGAGCAAGCACACUACCUUCUGUCUCAAUAGAGCAAGCUCACUAACUUCUGUCUCAAUACAGCAAUGCAAGCUUUGACGCUACCUUCUGUCUCAAUAGAGCAAACUCACUACCUUCUGUCUCAAUAGAGCAAGCUCACUACCCUCCAUCACAUAGAGCAAACUCACUACCUUCUGUCACAAUAGAGCAAGCACACUACCUUCUGUCUCAAUAGAGCAAGCUCGCUACUUUCUGUCUCAAUAGAACAAGCUCGCUACUUUCUGUCUCAAUACAGCAAGCUCACUACGUUCUGUCUCAAUACAGCAAGCUCACUACGUUCUGUCUCAAUACAGCAAGCUCACUACCUUCUGUCUCAAUACAGCAAGCUCGCUACUUUCUGUCUAAAUAAAGCAAACUCACUACCUUCUGUCUCAAUAGAGCAAGCUCGCUACUUUCUGUCUCAAUAGAGCAAGCUCACUACCUUCUGUCUCAAUACAGCAAGCUCGCUACCUUCUGUCUCAAUAGAGCAAGCUCACUAACUUCUGUCUCAAUACAGCAAUGCAAGCUCGCUACCUUCUGUCUCAAUAGAGCAAACUCACUACUUUCUGUCUCAAUAGAGCAAACUCACUACCUUCUGUCUCAAUAGAGCAAGCUCACUACCUUCUGUCUCAAUAGAGCAAGCUCACUACCUUCUGUCUCAAUAGAGCAAGCUCACUACCUUCUGUCUCAAUACAGCAAUGCAAGCUCGCUACCUUCUGUCUCAAUAGAGCAAACUCACUACUUUCUGUCUCAAUAGAGCAAACUCACUACCUUCUGUCUCAAUAGAGCAAGCUCACUACCUUCUGUCUCAAUAGAGCAAGCUCACUACCUUCUGUCUCAAUAGAGCAAGCUCACUACCUUCUGUCUCAAUAGAGCAAGCUCACUACCUUCUGUCUCAAUAGAGCAAGCUCACUACCUUCUGUCUCAAUAGAGCAAGCUCACUACCUUCUGUCUCAAUAGAGCAAGCUCACUACCUUCUGUCUCAAUAGAGCAAGCUCACUACCUUCUGUCUCAAUAGAGCAAGCUCACUACCUUCUGUCUCAAUAGAGCAAGCUCACUACCUUCUGUCUCAAUAGAGCAAGCUCACUACCUUCUGUCUCAAUAGAGCAAGCUCACUACUUUCUGUCUCAAUAGAGCAAGCUCGCUAUUUUCUGUCUAAAUAAAGCAAACUCACUACCUUCUGUCUCAAUAGAGCAAGCUCGCUACUUUCUGUCUCAAUAGAGCAAGCUCACUACCUUCUGUCUCAAUAGAGCAAGCUCACUACCUUCUGUCUCAAAAAACAACCCCACAUCUAACUACCAAAUCAAUAAAUCUUUAUCUUAUCUCUCAAUCUCAAUAAAG